ACAGUUAGAGUGAGAGACAGAGAGACAGACAGACAGGCUGAGCGACAGACAGACAGACAGGUUGACAGACAGUCAGGCUGAAAGACAGAUAGAAACACUGCAGAAACUCUGAUGUUUACUGGAAUUAUUUUGGAAUAAACCACUGAGGCAGGAGGUGGUUGCUCGGAGACGGCGGCACUGUAUGAUGCAGGAUGGCUCCGCUGCUGCCCCCUGUUGGUUCGGAGGUCUUCAGACGCUUCAGGCCCAAGUCGCUAGAGGAAAUCCAACGACGACAGGAAGUUGAGGAGAAGGAGCAACAGAGGAGGAAGGAGAAGAACAUUGAGGUAGCAGAGGAAGAUCUUCCUAAACCUGCCAGUGACCUGGAGGCCGGGAAGCCCCUCCCAUUCAUCUAUGGAGACCCGCCCCCCGAGUUUCUCAACACCCCUUUGGAGGAGCUAGAUCCCUUCUACCAAUCACAGAAGACGUUCAUCGUGCUCGGUAAAGGAAACAUCAUCUACAGGUUUAACGCUGAGCCGGCGUGUUACCUGCUGAGUCCGUUCAGCCGUCUGAGGAACGCCGCAAUCAGGAUCCUCAUCCACUCUUUAUUCAGUUUGUUUAUCAUGUUGACAAUUCUGGCCAACUGUGCGUUCAUGACGUUGAGCGAUCCUCCGGCAUGGAGCAAGACUGUGGAAUACGUGUUUACAUUCAUCUAUACGUGUGAAGCCGCAGUGAAAGUCGUCUCCAGAGGAUUCUGUGUGGGAAGCUUCACCUUCCUUAAGGACCCGUGGAACUGGCUGGACUUCAUGGUCAUCAGCAUGGCGUACCUCACAGAGUUCGUAGAUCUGGGAAAUGUUUCUGUGUUGAGGACGUUCAGAGUUCUCCGAGCACUGAAGACCAUCACUGUGAUCCCAGGUCUGAAGACGAUCGUUGGAGCUCUCAUCCAAUCGGUAAAGAAGCUGGCUGACGUCAUGAUCCUGACCGUGUUCUGCCUCAGCGUCUUCGCUCUGAUUGGUCUACAACUCUUCAUGGGAAACCUGCGGCAGAAAUGUGUCCUGAUACCACCACUGUUGCCUAGCAACAAUACAUCUGACAUCGAUCUCCACACCAGUUACCGUGGCAACGACACUCAUGACAACUAUACAGGAAGUGACUUCGAUUACUAUGAGUACAUCAACAACUCAGAGAACUACUACUUCUUGCCCGGUCAGCUCGAUGCUCUGCCUCUCUGA